AUGUUCGGUUUCGACGAGGCCAAGGAAAACUAUGACCAGCUCCAGAGCGGCAAUCACGAGGCCAAGUUCUCUCACGAGCUCCUAGCCGGCGGCGCCUCUUUUGCCGCCUUCAAAGCCUUUGAGAACAACCAACGAAGCAACGGCGAGCCCGUCACGCACGGGGUAGCCAAGGCAAUCCUCGCCGGUCUCGUGGGCGCCGAGGUCGACCGCUUGGCGGAGACCAAGGGCGCCAACUGGAUCGACAAGGAGCGCGCGACGCGCGACGCCCAGAAGCGUACCGAGGACCUGUACGACUCUCACUACGGCAAGCAGGACGACUGGCGCAAGACGCACGACCCGCCGGAGCACUUCCCCAACCGCAACGAGAACCGCAACGACGACCGCUACGACGACCGCAAUGAGAGACGCAACGACGACGGUUACGACAACCGCAAUGAGAGACGCAACGACGACGGUUACGACAACCGCAAUGAGAACCGCAAUGAGAACCGCUACGACGACCGCAAUGAGAACCGCAAUGAGAACCGCUACGACGACCGCAACGACAACCGGGACUACUAG